CAAUGCGCGACCCUACGUCAGCCGGGCAAACCGUUCGGUUUCCGGCCAUCUUCCUGUGAGGCGCAGCGGAGUCCGCGGUCCUAUAGGCAGCACUUGUGGGGGUUUCGGGGAGCGGGACCGCGGCGGCGGCCCCGCGGGCGGGAUGUUCCGAGGGUUAAGUACGUGGCUUGGCCUUCAGUCUGAAGAGGCUGACGGCGACACGCCUGCGGAGGACGCUCCGCCCGAGCAGCGCUCCGAGACGGCGGCGCAGCCCACGGAGGGGCAGCAGCCGGAGGACCCGGAGCUCCUCCACCAGGCCAGAGGCCUCGGCAACUAUCUGUUUAACUUUGCAAGUGCCGCCACCAAAAAGAUAACUGAGUCGGUUGCUGAAACAGCACAGACGAUAAAGAAGUCGGUAGAAGAAGGAAAAAUAGAUGAGAUCAUUGACAAGACCAUUAUAGGAGACUUUCAGAAGGAGCAGAAAAAAUUUGUUGAGGAACAACAUACAAAGAAGUCCGAAGCAGCUGUGCCCCCAUGGGUGGACACUAACGAUGAGGAAACCAUUCAGCAACAAAUCCUGGCCUUAGCAGCUGAUAAGAGGAAUUUCCUUCGUGACCCUCCGGCCGGCGUGCAGUUUCACUUCGACUUUGAUCAGAUGUACCCUGUUGCCUUGGUCAUGCUGCGAGAGGAUGAGCUAUUGAGCAAGAUGCGCUUCGCCCUGGUUCCCAAGCACGUGAAGGAGGAGGUGUUCUGGAGGAACUACUUCUACCGCGUGUCCCUCAUCAAGCAGUCCGCCCAGCUCACGGCCCUGGCCGCGCAGCAGCAGGCUUCCGGCAAGGAGGAGAAGAGUGGUGGCGCGGGCUCCGACUCGCCGCUGACAGAGGCAGUACGGCCCAAAACGCCACCUGUCGUAAUCAAAUCUCAGCUUAAAUCUCAAGAGGACGAGGAAGAAAUUUCCACAAGCCCAGGCGUUUCUGAGUUCGUCAGCGAUGCCUUUGACGCCUGUAACUUCAAUCAGGAGGACUUAAGGAAAGAAAUGGAACAACUUGUGCUCGACAAAAAGGAAGAGGAGACAGCUACCCUAGAAGGGGAUUCUGCCGACUGGGAGAAAGAGCUGCAGCAGGAGCUUCAGGAGUACGAGGUGGUCACAGAGUCAGAGAAGCGGGACGAGAACUGGGAUAAGGAAAUAGAAGAAAUGCUCCAGGAAAUAAACUAGCUGUCUCCUGCAAUAAAUGAUAGCCCUUGCCAUUCAGCACACUUACGGGGGUCUUGGUGUUGACACUCAAUCAGAAGGCACAAACAUUCUUUUUUUCAAGCUGAAACUUGCCUCUUCUACUUAAAAAAAGUACAUAGAACAGUUAUUCUAAUAGUCAUGAAAGGGGUGUUUGAUGUAACAUUUUCUAGAUAUAAAUCGCGUUAGUGUUGUUCUUUUAAGCAGUAUAGAUAUUUUUGCCACAGAAACACAGGUAAAAUUUUUAGAGUUCUGUUUUCCACAAGAUCAAACAUACCAUUUCUUCACUUACAAUUCUGUAAACAUUUGUGUUCCUCACUUGCAUUGUUGAUAUGUGGAUGUUAAAGUUCUUACUGAAUAGAUUACCAUCAAAAUGACCAAAUUAUACCAAAGAAGUUAAGAGGAGGCACUUUCAGAACUGUUUUCUUGCUAGUUUUUUUUUUUUCCCCCCCCCCUAAAGUCCCAUCUAAAAGCCAAAAGGUAAGAUACUGAAACUGAUGGGAGGCACCAGGCAGGCAUGGUGGUGCCCAUCUGUAAUCCUAGCACUUGGGAGGCUGAGGCAGGAGGAUCACCAUGAGUUUGAGGCCAGCCUGAACUACAUGGACUCUGUCUCAAAAAAACCAAAAAAAAAAAAAAAAGUGUAAAUAAACAAAGUUGAUGAGAAUGCUACAGUGAGCACAGUUUGACAAUGGGUAGAUUGCACGCACACCUGAGUGUCACCCCGAAUUAGAGCACUUGCCUGGUGUGCUCGAGGCCCUGGCUGCGAGUCACAGGAAAAAGGAAACGGUUGUUCUGUACACAUAUUUGUAAAAACUGUUUGCCCCUAGGCUCCUGUGUCUUUCAUUCAUUCUUUUGUUGCUUCACUCAUUCUUUUCAAACUAGACCACAAAUGUGACAUGAUGGAUUUUGUAGCAAGCGGGGCCUUCUGUCUUUUAUAUCAAUGACCUUCAGAACCCUGUUAUACUCUAAACCGUUCUUGUUUUUGUGGUCACUAUAUAUCAAUGUUACGGUUUUGUCUUAUUAAACCACCAUCUUUCUA